UUGAUGUUUACAUGCAUAAGCUGUGCCUCGAAGGUGUUACCCGGGUCGUGUCAAGUGUCAUCGGGCUGGCAUAAAUGUGUCAUAGAGGCUCUCAUGGAAAUGUCAUAGGGGCUGGCAUGACUGUAUCAUAGAAGUUAGAAUGAAAAUGCCAUCAGGGAUGACAUGAAAGCGUCACCAGAACUGGGAUGACUUGACUCUAAAAAGGUGGUGAGAUUCCUUGACACAAGACACCAUUGUGACAUUAACAAGGAAUGCAAAACGGGAAAGCAAUCAUUAAGUUGAGAUAGCACAGUUGAAGGCUGUUUAAGAAUGGGGGACAUGGAGCAGUUUGAAGACCUACUUCUCAGAAGUGCUCGAAAUGGUGAUUGCAAGACAGUGGAAGAAAUUCUGCAAGCUAGAAAAGAUGGCAAAGUCAAUUUAGACAUAAGCUGCAAGGGUAAGAGUAAAAGUAACCAAGGAUGGACCCCUCUGCAUCUUGCAAGUUAUUUUGGUCAUCGAAACUGUGUGGAAGUUCUUUUGCAACAUGGAGCAGCCUUGGAUGAGUUGAAUGAUGCCGGUGACACUCCGUUACAUAAAGCAGCAUUAACUAAUAGAGAGGAUGUAGUAUUACUGCUUUUGGAGCACGGAGCUAGUGUAUCAACCAUCAAUGGUGAGGGACUGCGUCCAUCAGAUCUUCCUCGUGAUGCCCAAGGAAACCUGUAUAGGGAGGCCCAGCAGACUGGGGUGACAUUUAGGUGUCCUCUAGCUCCUCCUAAUUUCCUUCAAUUUCCUGUGGCCACCUGGACCUACAUAAGUCUUCGAGACUUUUGUAUUCGUCUGGUUGGUGCGCCUCUAACCUGCUAUCCCUUUGUAGCAAGGAUUGGCAGUAAGGGAGAGGCCCAACACAGAACUCCGAUCCCUCAGUGCACUGCAGAACGCAACCAGGCUGACGCUGAGGGGGGUCGAGUGCAGGUACCUUGUAAAUUUCCACUAUCACCUCUAAAUUUCGUACUUUCUCUCCUCUAA